AUGGCAGCACCUACGGAAGACCUGAUAUCGUUCGACCUGAUCGAGUCCUCCAAAGAGAACAUCAAAGUCCUCCCCAGCGGCCGUUCCGCAAAAGCGCUCGCCUCCAUCCUCUCCCCACGCGGCCCCUCUUCGGCAGCACCACUCGCAUCCCCCUCGCAUACCGAAGACCCCAAUUCCAGCAUCCGCGCCGAUUACGAGACCGAGCUCCUCCACAUCACCGACUCCGACGACCCCCUCGACAUCUACGACCGCUACAUCCGCUGGACGCUUGACGCGUACCCCUCAGCUUCUGCGACACCGGCCUCGGGGCUUCUUCCGCUGCUCGAGCGCGCCACCAAGCACUUCCUACCUGACCCCGUCUAUGCGAACGACCCGCGCUAUCUCAAGAUAUGGCUGCACUACAUCCGCCUCUUCUCCGACGCGCCGCGCGAGACCUUCGCGUUUCUGGCGCGGCACCGCAUUGGCGAGGCGCUGGCGCUAUAUUACGAAGAGUUCGCCGCAUGGCUCGAAGGCCAAGGCCGAUGGACGCAAGCAGAAGAAGUGUACGAGAUGGGACUCCAGAAAGAGGCUCGGCCCGGAGAGCGACUAAGUCGAAAGUUCGGAGAAUUCCAGCGGAGGUAUGAGGCCGCGCUGGCAGCAGGAGGGGCCGGCGAGGCGCACAGGAGCCCUGCACUAGAGCCCCUAAGGCCGGCGUUGGCGCUCAAGGUUAAUCCCUUUGGCUCCACGGUAGGGGAGGCCGUGGAUCCGCAGGCACGGGAUCGUGCCAGAGCGGCGGCUGGUGGUGGGGCCACAAAGGCAGGAAAGCCGAAGUUGGCGGUCUUCGCGGACGGCGACGAGGUCGAUAAGCCUGGGUCGAGCGGUUCGGCGAAGGGGUGGGAGAGCAUACAGAGUCUUGCCGAGCGGAAGAAGGAAAACACAAUAGCGCCGAAGCCGUGGGCUGGGGAGACGAUCAAGGGCCAGAAGCGGAAUGCAGGGAUGGAGAAGAUGAUGGUCUUCAAGGAUGAGGUGACGGAACUGCAGAGCGUGAACCCUAAAACUGGUAGGACUGAGCAUGUAUUUGUCAAUCUGGAGAUGGUCUAUCCAGACCCCAGCGACCCCUCGGCUGCGGAGUUCUGCUUUGAGGAGCUGCGCGCGAGGCAUAGAGGAUGGCUUCAGCAUGACUGGGCAGCCAUGCGCCGAGAAGAGGAGGAACGGGAGCAGCAAGCGUUAGAGCAGGCCGAAGCUGUGGAGAGGGUCAAGCGGGAAGAAAAAGUCCGUUCGAAGGGAGCUGCUGCCGUCCUAUCUCAAGAGCUGCAGAAGCUUGCGCUGAAUGACGAGAACGAUGAGAACGCGCCUCCAUCGCAGGAGGACGUCGAGAAAGCCAAACUGGCAAAGCAGAGGCGAAGAGAGGAACGAGCGAACCGUACCAGGAAGAUCCGGGUCAUGGAAGUCCGCGGCGAGACGCAAACAGUGCAAACGAACCUUGCCUCUCCAACCGGACGCAAGCUGCGACGCAAGAAGUCUGCUGAGCCAACCAUGACGUUUCACACAAAAGAAGCCAUGGAAGAGAUCUACGGUAUCUUCAGCCAGCCCUUGAGCUCUUCCCAAGAGAAAGAGGACGUCGAGAGCGCUGCAGAGAGCGACGACGGCGACUACACCAGUGGAGGAGAAAGCACCGGGACUGGAAGGAUAUCUGGCGCGACUAGCGAUUAUGGAGAAGAGACUGAGGCGGGCGAUUUUACAGAGAUGAAGAGCACGGUCGGGGACGAUGAAGCUGUAACGGAGAGCGGGACCCAGUGGUCUGAAUUCACCGCCAGCAAGCAUAUGCCUGAGGAGGAACAAGCGCAUACCGCUGAAGAUCAGACGGCAGGGCAAACGCAAGAGACAUCUUGGGAGAUCUACCGGGACGAGCAAGAAGACUCUCCACCAGAACAAGAGGAACUUGUCACACCAAUAUCCCCCGACGCCCAAUCAGCGCAACUACCCACCCAAUAUGUGCCAUUGCCACCGGAGCAUUACGACGUACCUACCCGGCCGUAUCGGGAUCCAGCCAUCAUGGCUAACAACAGACUUCCUUUCAUGACGCCCAUCGUCGAGAAGACGGAGUCUUCCAUGGGAGCUGCGACGGCACUUGCAGAGAAAGACUACUUCAUCUCCAAAACACCAUGCAGGAAGAAUGGUACCAAAACACCUACAAUCCCAGAGUUAGAUGGCGAAGCUUGGAGCAGCCCUUUCCAGGAUGUCCUGGAAGAAGCGUCUAGGUUACAAGACGCGAAGAUCUCUCAGCCAGUGCUUUCAAAAGCCUCGCAGCGAAAAAUACCUCUGGGAGUCUCCAGAGCAUCGAAACCGCAAGCUGGGAGCGCGCCCAAGGAGGCGACGCAGAAAGGCCCGAUCAUCAAAGACGUCCAAUGCAAUCCCGUGGACGAGGAAAUCCGGCAGAUAAUCCUGAGCCAGAUUCAACCCCCACUCGCGAGCUAUGACGGCUACUACGAAGACAGACACCGCGCAUAUGGCCGAAGCGCCGAGCUUCGCAGAUUCACGAAGGCGGUCUCGAAAAUCGGCAAGAAUACCGCCGACAAGACCGCUACCAACCUAUCAAUGCCGCCUACGCUCAAUUUCAGCACCGGAGAGCGGCGCUACACCAUCAAGCGCGAGCUAGGCAAAGGCGCUUUCGCACCCGUCUACCUCGCCGAGAGCGAUCCCGCCCACGACGCUGAUGACGAGGACGAAAAUAGGCCAGCCCAGAUGGGCAGGGGCUCGUUCGGCGUGCGGCGAAACAGGCUGGAAGCCAUUAAGAUGGAAGACCCACCGUCGGCGUGGGAGUUCUACAUCAUCCGGCAAGCGAACCGACGGCUCGGUGUCUCAAGAUCUGCGGACUCUAUCAUCCAGGCAUAUGAGAUGCGCCUUUUCCAGGACGAGUGCUAUCUGGUUGAGGAGUACCGCGAUCAGGGGACUCUGCUCAACUUAGUCAACAUCGCCAAGGCGGAUGUGAGCGGCGGCGGCAUCAUGGAUGAGCUCAUGGCAAUGUUCUUCACCAUCGAGCUGUUCCGCGCCACAGAAGCGCUGCAUGCCAAAGGCCUCAUCCACGGCGAUCUCAAGGCCGACAACGUGCUCGUGCGGCUCGACGAGGACGGUUCCUGGUCCUCACAAUAUGCCCGUGAUGGCACGAAUGGGUGGGCUGCCAAGGGCAUCACGUUAAUCGACUUCGGCCGCGGCAUCGACGUGAAGGUCUUCAGGCCCGACGUCCAGUUCAUCGCCGACUGGAAGACCAGCGAGGCGGACUGUGCCGAGAUGCGCGAGAUGCGGCCGUGGACGUUCCAGGUCGACUAUCAUGGCCUUGCGGGGAUCGUGCAUAAUCUCCUCUUCGGGAAGUAUAUCGACACAGUGGCCGAGCGGGGCGCGGCGUUGGGCGCGGGUGCGACUAAGACGUAUAGGAUUAGGGAGAGUUUUAAGAGGUACUGGCAGACGGAGAUUUGGGAGGGGGUCAUGGAUUUGCUGUUGAAUCCGUUGAUGCAUCUUGAGGGUGAGGAAGGGAGGAAGCUGCCGGUGCUGAAGGGCAUGAGGAGCGUGAGGGAGAGGAUGGAGGAGUACCUUGAGAGCAACUGUGAGAAAGGUGUAGGGCUGAAAGGCUUGCUGAGGAGGAUGGAAGAGAAGGUACGGGAUAGGAAGCGGUAA